GAGAGCGGCGGCGGGUGCAGGCGUCGGAACGGAGGGCGGAUUUUGGCUCCGCGGGCGCGCCCUCCGCUCCUUCUCGCAGCCGCGCCAUACGCCUAGUGGGGCAGGCGGCAGGGGAAGAGGAGCCAGGACCCUCUCCCCCGGCCUCUGGAGCUGCCGGAGUUCGGACUUCUGCAACUGUUGACACUUUGGGGCUCCGGUUCUGUUUUUGGCUGUUUACCUUUCUCUUCUGGCUGCCUGGAAAUCCAGGCUCCCGUCCGCCCUCCGCCCUCGCGCGCCCACCCAGCGCCGCCUGGGAGCGGCCCGGCGCGCACUCGGCAACAUGAGGAGACUUGGGACAUGCCUGGCGACUUUGGCCGGACUUUUGCUAACUGCAGCAGGGGAGACGUUUUCAGGUGGUUGCCUUUUUGAUGAGCCAUAUAGCACCUGUGGUUAUAGUCAAGCUGAAGAUGAUGACUUCCACUGGGAGCAGGUGAACACCUUGACCAAACCAACUUCUGAUCCAUGGAUGCCAUCAGGCUCUUUCAUGCUGGUGAACACAUCUGGGAGACCUGAGGGGCAGAGAGCCCACCUCCUCUUACCUCAGCUGAAAGAAAACGACACCCAUUGCAUUGAUUUUCACUAUUUUGUAUCCAGCAAGAGUAACACUGCUCCUGGGUUACUCAAUGUCUAUGUGAAGGUCAAUAAUGGGCCCUUGGGGAAUCCUAUCUGGAACAUAUCUGGAGACCCUACCCGCACGUGGAACAGGGCAGAACUGGCCAUUAGUACAUUCUGGCCUAAUUUUUAUCAGGUGGUUUUUGAAGUGAUAACUUCUGGACAUCAAGGCUACCUUGUUAUUGAUGAAGUGAAGGUAUUAGGACAUCCGUGCACCAGAACUCCCCACUUCCUGCGGAUUCAGAACGUGGAAGUCAAUGCAGGCCAGUUUGCCACCUUCCAGUGCAGCGCCAUCGGCCGGACCGUAGUGGGUGACCGGCUCUGGUUGCAGGGCAUUGAUGUGCGCGAUGCUCCUCUCAAGGAAAUAAAGGUGACUAGUUCCCGGCGAUUCAUAGCUUCCUUUAAUGUCAUGAACACAACAAAACGAGAUGCUGGGAAGUACCGCUGCAUGAUUCGCACCGAAGGAGGUGUUGGAAUAUCAAACUAUGCAGAAUUGGUAGUUAAAGAGCCUCCCGUUCCCAUUGCUCCACCUCAGCUUGCCUCCGUGGGGGCAACCUACCUUUGGAUUCAACUCAACGCCAACUCCAUCAAUGGGGAUGGGCCCAUUGUCGCCCGAGAGGUGGAGUACUGCACAGCAAGUGGGAGCUGGAAUGACCGACAGCCAGUGGACUCCACGAGUUACAAAAUUGGGCACCUCGACCCGGAUACGGAGUAUGAGAUCAGUGUGCUGCUCACCAGGCCGGGGGAAGGUGGCACUGGGUCUCCUGGGCCAGCCCUCAGAACCAGAACAAAGUGUGCCGGUGAGUAAGGGGCACCUGGGACGAGUCCUUAGCAU